CCUAUCCUCUCCUCAGACGUGGUGGCUUGUGUUGUGCCUGAAGUCUGCCAGCAGUACUGUGGCACCGCAGUUGGCUGUACAAAUAUUGCUUAUCCAAAAAUGGUAGUGGAGCUUAUGCCAGAUGGUCUGCGGGGUCUGAUGUUGUCAGUCAUGUUGGCCUCCCUUAUGAGCUCCCUGACUUCCAUUUUUAACAGUGCUAGCACCUUGUUCACUAUGGACAUUUACACCAAAAUUCGAUCACGACCAUCUGAGAAAGAGCUUAUGUUAGCUGGAAGGGCAUUUAUGUUAGUUUUAAUUGGCGUCAGCAUUGCCUGGGUUCCUGUGGUGCAGUCAGCUCAAAGUGGGCAGCUCUUUGAUUAUAUUCAGUCAAUUACCAGCUACCUGGGACCUCCCAUUGCUGCUGUCUUCCUGCUUGCCAUCUUCUGCAAGCGAGUCAAUGAGCAGGGUGCCUUCUGGGGCCUGAUGGUUGGGCUGCUAGUUGGACUCAGUAGAAUGAUUGCAGAGUUUGCCUACGGAACUGGCAGCUGUGUGACCCCUUCCAAAUGCCCAUUCAUCAUCUGUGGGAUUCAUUACCUUUACUUUGCAAUGAUUCUUUUUGGGGUUUCCACCAUCGUCAUCCUGUCAGUCUCCUUCAUGACUAAACCCAUUCCCGAUGUACAUCUUUACCGCUUGUGCUGGUCUUUGCGGAACAGCAAAGAAGAGCGUAUUGAUCUUGACGCAGAUGAGGAGCAGGACAAAGCUGAUGAAAAAGAUGCGGAAUCAGUUAACGAGGAAAGUGAAGAAGAACCGGGAUGCUUUAAGAAAGCGUACAACUGGUUCUGUGGCUUAGAACAACAAAAAGGACCCAAACUCAGCAAGGAGGAAGAGGAAGCAUUGAAGAAGAAACUGACUGACACAAGCGAAGUGCCACUUUGGAGAAAUGUUGUGAAUAUCAAUGGCAUCAUCCUAUUGGCUGUGGCUGUAUUUUGCCAUGCCUUCUUUGCAUAA